AACAUAGCUAAUAUUUGAAAAAACAGCUCUCCGUGAGAGAGAAAAAGGAAAAAAAGAUUUGUUAAUUGGAGAUGAAAAUAAAAUUAAGUAGCCACACCAUGGAUAUAUAGGUAGCUGACACUGGUGUUGAGGGCAGGUGAGGGAGACAUGGGGCAUCACUGUUGCAGCAAACAGAAAGUUAAGAGAGGACUUUGGUCACCAGAAGAAGACGAUAAGCUUGUCAAGCAUAUCACUGUCCAUGGCCAUGGCUGUUGGAGUUCUGUUCCUAAACUAGCAGGGCUACAAAGGUGCGGAAAGAGUUGCAGAUUGCGGUGGAUAAAUUACUUGAGGCCGGAUCUCAAACGGGGUUCUUUCACCGAGCAAGAGGAGAGAACGAUCAUUGAUGUGCAUAGAAUUUUAGGCAAUCGAUGGGCUCAAAUAGCCAAACAUUUGCCUGGAAGGACUGAUAAUGAAGUGAAGAAUUUCUGGAAUUCUUGCAUUAAGAAAAAGCUUAUUGCUCAAGGCUUAGAUCCCAACACUCACAAUCUUCUCCUCUCUUCUAACCAAACCAAGGUACUAAAAAACAACAUCAAUGCGAGCAACUCUUUUCAACAAGAAACGCCGGCUUUUACUAUGGAGACUUCAUCAAAAACUGCAUCAGCAUCUGAUCUUGCAACUCUAUUGCCUCGUAUUAACAUUCCACAAUAUGAUCAUAAUAACACCAUUCAGUAUACUGGCGGCUCUGAUCAAUAUCAAAACAGUUCUAUGCUUCUUGGCACUCAACAAAGAAUUAGUCAAAGUGAUCUCUCGGCUUUGGGGUUUGCUAACUGUUCUUCAGUGGAAAGUAGCAAUGUCAUGUCCUCUUCUGGAUUUGGAACCCUAAAUGAGAGUUGCAUGUGGGACGCUGGCGGCAUUGAAUUCCCAUUUGAACAACAAAAAACAGAUGAUCAUAUCGUAAUGGCACCGCAGCAGGAACAGAAUAUAAACGAGCUAAACCGUAGUGAUCAUCUGCAGAAUGUGGGCGGGAAUACAUUUGACAGCACUUGCUUUGAUUUUGAUUUUGUUGAUUCUGCACUAUUGCCUUCUGGAGUUUAUUGUAAUGUCAAUUCUAUGGAUCAACUUGCCUGGGAUUAAUUGCAUGUUAGGCUCCGAAUUCAUUCCUUCCA